UUGAAGUAUUGCUACACAUAAAUUUAAAAUAAAUUUUUGUUUAUUAUUUACUAUUUUUAUAUAUAUUUAUAGUUUCAGCUGUGUAAUUUAUUAGAAAAUAUAACCAAGAUGAUAUUUGAACAAUUAUUUAGCAUUAAUUUUAUGGCAGUGAUUGUAUCACUAUUAAUUGGACUGUAUUUUUAUCUGACCCGAAAUUAUAAAUACUGGUCCUCUCGGGGGGUUCCCGGACCCAAACCGAUAGUAUUUUUUGGUACACUUUGGCAAAUAUUUUUCAAGCCUAUGCAUCAAAUGACUUUAGAUAAUGGACGCAAAUUUGGACGAUUUUAUGGUACAUAUUUGGGUUCCCGACCGGUACUACUGAUAAACGAUCCGCAAUUGACACGUGAUAUGAAUAUCAAAGACUUUCAUGCGUUUGUCGAUCACAACGACUUCAUUUCUGGAGACAAGUUUAACGACCGAUCGUUGUUUAAUCUGAUGGGAGACGACUGGAAGAAAAUGAGAUCAAUUAUAUCGCCAACAUUUUCGUCGGGCAAAAUGCGUUCAAUGCAUCCGCUUAUCAUUGAUUGUAUUGGAAGACUGGAACAGUAUGUCGAGUCCAGAGCCCGAACUAACGAAGAUUUGAAUGUAAAGAAAACUAUGGGUAACCUGACUAUGGAUGUAAUAGCUACCUGUGCUUUCGGCACCCGAAUUGAUACCUACGGCGAAAAGAGUAGCGAUUUUGUUAUCAAUGCCCAGAAGGCUAUGCGCGGCAAUUGGAGGGUUUGGGCCUUCUUUCUGUUUAUGACUACCUUUCCUAAGCUAUUACGUUGGUCAGGGUUUCAGAUACAGGAUCCGGGAGUUCAAUAUUUUUUCAAGUCAGCUAUAAAAUCUAUUGUCAAUCAAAGGAAGAACGACAAGAGUGGCAAACGACGCGAUUAUCUUCAGCUUAUGAUUGACGCACAAAACAAAAGAUCAGAUAAUAAUAAUAGUGACGAACCAGUGGUCGGCGAUACCAGCGAUGAGAUAUACGGCAGAACUGAUACAUUGGAGGCGACAAUCAAAGAUAGGGUAGACAUUGAUGACGACGACAUACUGUCCACUUCGUUUCUGUUUUUUGUUGCCGGUUAUGAGACAACUGCAUCUUUGAUCACAUACUUGAUCUACAAUCUUGCGUUACACGCGGACUGUCAGCAAAAACUGUACGAAGAGUUAAGAAAAUUUGAUGGUAAGUAUGAUUACGAAAGUAUAGCUCAAAUGCCAUAUCUGGAGGCCUGUGUCGCCGAGACUUUACGUCUUCAUAAUCCUGUGUCUGCUUUCGGAAGAAUUGCAGCUCAAGACUAUACUAUAGGUGACAUCGGUAUAACAGUACCUAAAGGAAUGUUAGUCAACUUUUCCAUACAAACUAUGCACCGAAAUCCUGAAUACUAUCCUAAUCCCGAUCGUUGGAAUCCCGAACGGUUUAUGCCCUACAAUCGGGAUAAGUUAGUUCCCUAUACUUAUAUGCCGUUUGGUUUGGGUCCCAGAAAUUGUGUGGGAAUGAGGUUUGCAUUGAUGGAGGCCAAGACCGCAGUCGCCUAUUUGGUCAAUAGAUUUAAGUUUAUACGAACCCCGAAAACUACAGUUCCUCUAAUUCAGACAAAAUUUGAGUUUCUUUACAAUACCGGCGAUGUCUUUGUAGGCGUUGAACUAAGAAAAUAAUUUUGUUAUAAUUAAUUAUAAACAUAAA